AUGUCCUAUACAGUUGUAAGACAAGAAGGUUUCCAGCUUCCUUCACCAACACAUACAGAUACACCUACACCAGAUCCGACUUCACCAAAUAACCUUUUCAUGCCACCAAACUUGUCUUUUUUACCGGACUCAUUUCGAAAGUUUCCAAGUGCAGCUCAAGCUCAUCAAGCUACUACUACAACUACUACCCCAGCUCCAAUCGAUUUCAAUGACGAUGAUCUGGCUACACUAAUCGAUUCACAUGAGCGUAGUACUUACGCCGAUUCAGACCCUUACCGUCACAACAUUUUCGAUAUCAGCGCACCUACAACUCAUUACCGUCCCCCAUCAUCCACAGAUAUCUACCCUCAACAGCAGCAUACCAACGAUCUCAACCAUGCUCAUUUCAAUAGUACACUUCCUGCUUUAAACAGUAGUAUGCGUUACGAACCUCACCCAGAUCCACCAUCACACUUCGCGUACCGCCACACACCAUCCCCGCACAAUCCUAACUCACGGAGUCGUAGCCGUUCCCGCGCACCAUCACUCGGCCCAACCCGAACUUCCCGCCGUGAUCGCCGUGCCAAUAGUAUUAGUUCACAUGUAUCUGGCACUUCCCCACCCCCACCCCCACCCCGCCCUCACGCUAUCGUUAUCCCCGGUCGUGGCGGCGGUUCAACUAUGGGCGGCUUCUUCGUUCCUGGCCAGCCAGAAUAUUCCCUUCCCACUCCUGACAGUCUAUCCCAUUCAUUCGGUGGCUUCCAGGGAUAUAAUGCGGCAACAGCUUCAUACGCUCCCCAACCGGCUUCCUAUGCUUCGCAAAACAACGUUGCUGUAAACUAUGGCAGUUUUAGUGGCCGUACCGGUACUCCCAACAUGGGAAUCAGUCCGAGCGAAGUCUCUACCUUGGGCAUGCUUGCAAGCGGUGCUACUUCACCUGCAACAGCCAAAGGGAAGCAUUCUGAUGGCGAUGGUCUAUCAGAAAAGAGGCGAAGAAGGAGAGAAAGUCACAAUGCUGUCGAGAGACGGCGGAGAGACAACAUCAAUGAAAGAAUCGGAGAACUGGCAGGGUUGAUUCCAGGGGUGCUGUUCGAAUGUGAUGCGCCACUUAUUCCCCCAACAUCCCCUACCCUUCUCAGCGCUACUUCACCAGGCGAAAACAGCGACCUUUUCUCACUACCUUUACUCCCAGACGCAGCAAACUCCGACGAGGGUCUCCCUGACGUUCCCGAAAAUGGGGUGCCUGCCACCCCCGUCAACGGGAAUGUCAAAAAGGAUCCGAGCGAAGACGGAGAUGAUGCCCGGGGUAACGCCAAUGGUGGUGUGAAUGGUGGCAUCCCUACCAAUGGGGUGACUACUGCGAAUGGCUCAGAGCCGCAGAUGAUAAAGGCGAACAAGGGCAUGAUUUUGAGGAAGUCCGUGGAAUACAUCCGCUACCUCCAACAACUCGUCAACGUGCAAGCUUCCCGCGGCCGAGAUCUCGAAGAGCGCAACCGCGCCCUCGAGCGCGAACUAGCAGCAAUCCGAGGAACACCCAUACCCUCCUCCCGAAGCGCAUCCAAUUCGCACUCUGAUUCUGAUUCAAGCAGACUUUCUCUCGCAAGUUCACAAACAUCCCUGCCACAGUCCUCAUCUUCGUGGGAAGUGGAGAGGAAGUGGGAGAUGGAUGUUGAGGAUAGGGAUGGGGGCGAGGGUGAGGGCGAGGAACGUGGAAGGGGACGCCCAAGGGCGAGGAAAGAGGACGUGCUUGGGGCUUCAAAAAUCCGAGAGGGUGAUGGGUCUGGUGGGGAUGGGAGUUUGGAGCGCGAUAUGGAGAUAUGA